ACUUUUACACACUUCAGCAGAGAUGUCCACUUUAAGUAAUAUCAUUGAAAAUGAUACAAUGGAAAAAAUCGCUUUGGAGUUUAUUAGAUUGGGAGAUAGAUGCUACCUGGAUAAUGCUGGUGCUACAUUAUAUCCCCAGUGUUUACUUAAAAGUAUAAAUGAAGAUCUCCUUAAUAAUAUUUAUGUAAACCCACAUACAGAUAAGUAUACACAAGACUGUUUAGAACAAAUCAGAUAUCGCAUCUUGACUCAUUUCAACACUGACUCUUCAAAUUAUUCUGUUGUAUUCACAUCAGGUACUACACAGUCAUUGAAACUAGUGGGAGAGUCUUUUAAGUUUGCCAUGGAUAAAAAUGAAGUUCUAAACUGUGGCUCACUUGUUUACUUAAGAGAUAAUCAUACAUCUGUACUAGGGCUGAGAGAAAUUGCUGCAGAGAAGAAUGUGGAUAUCAUACAUAUAUCACAUGAAGAUUUCUUGGAAACCUUAAAUGCAAAUGAAGUGUCUCCUUCAACAAAUUGUAGAGAAGAAUAUAAAAAUAAAGGGAAUACAUUACUGGUGUACCCAGCACAGAGUAAUUUCAAUGGUUAUAAAUACCCUAUAGAUUGCUUGAAAAUUAUAAAAGAAGGAUGUAUCAAUCAAUACACAAAGAAACACUUGAGUAAAAUUAAUUGCAAUUGGUAUGUCUUAUUGGAUGCUGCAUGUUAUGUUUCCACAAAUAAAUUAGAUUUGUCUAUAGUACAGCCUGAUUUUGUGUGUUUAUCUUUUUAUAAAGUUUUUGGGUAUCCUACUGGAUUAGGAGCAUUACUUAUAAGAAAUAGUAGUGCAGAUGUUCUAAAUCACAAGAAAUACUUUGGAGGUGGCACUGUUGAUAUAGUUUUAAGCAGUGAAGAUUUUCAUGUCAAAAGAAAAACUCUUCAUGAGAGAUUUGAAGAUGGCACAUUACCAUUUUUAUCAAUCGUAGCUCUAAAACAUUGUUUUGAUGCAAUGACCAAAUUGAUUCCUAAAGUUAUCAACAAUGAUAUUAUGGAAACUAUAUCACACCACACAUUUAAUUUAGCAAAGGAUCUUUAUUGUCAACUUGGGAAACUUCAUCACAAAAAUGGAGACAAAGCAGUAGUUCUUUAUAUGGAUUCUGACUUUACUGAUAUUCGUAAACAAGGUGCAAUCGUCACAUUCAAUUUAAUGAGAGAAGAUGGCACAUUUAUUGGUUAUUCUGAGUUCCAACACUUGGCAGAUCUAUUCAACAUAACUGUACGAACUGGGUGUUUUUGUAACUCAGGCUCCUGUCAGCGUCAUUUGAAAGCAAGCAAUGAAGAAAUGAAGGACAUGUACAAAGCAGGUCACAAGUGUGGCGACGACAUAGACUUAAUUGAUGGUAAACCAACUGGUGCCAUUCGAGUAUCAUUUGGCUAUUACAAUACGUACAAUGACGUUGAUAAACUAAUGACAAUGAUUUGCCGAUGUUUCGUUAGAGCUAAUUAUAAAAAACCAAAACGAUUAUCAAAUAAUAUCAUAAUGUCGAAAUCUCCAAAUCAUAUAAAAUACAUAUGUACAGUUGAUGAUAAACAAAUAGCUAAUGAGCCGGCGUAUAUAGACGAAAAAUAUACCGCUGCACAUACAGUUCUCACAUCUGGUACUGUGCUGUCUCAAAUAGCUCUUUUCCCAGUUAAAUCUUGUGGCGCCUUUAAAAUCACUACUUCAUGGAAAAUCGGUCGAAAAGGCUUCGAAUACGAUAGAGAGUGGAUGAUUGUCAAGGAUAAUGGGGUAUGUCUAACUCAGAAACAAAAUACACGUAUGUGCAUGAUACGACCUAAAAUUGAUUUAAAACGGAAAGUAAUGACUCUAUACUUUAAAGGUCUUGCUCCAAUAUCAGUACCUUUAGAUCCUGUAGGAAACAAGCAUAAAGAGGUUACAUUUUGUCAAAGCAAAGUUUGUACGGACUUAGUCAAAGGAUAUGAUUGUGGAGAUGAAGUUGCUAAUUGGAUAUCAAAUGCUUUAGAAGUAUCAUACCUAAGAUUAAUAAAACAAGCAAGCAUUGAUAAUAGAAUACAAAAGAGGAAUGCAAAUGAUGACAAAAAAUUACUUUCAUUAAGUAAUCAAGCGCAAUUCUUAUUAAUAAAUAAAGCAACUGUUCGGUGGCUGAAUGAUAAAAUACAAGAGUCAUUAUUCACAGACGACAUUGACCAGUUAAUAGAUCGUUUUAGAGGAAAUAUAAUCAUAACCAUGGACGAAGAAUUAGUAGAAAGACAUUGGCAGAGAGUGAUAAUUGGGAGACAUGAAUUCAAGGUUGAUGGAGAAUGUCGGCGAUGUCAAAUGGUAUGCAUAGAUCAGCAAACUGGAGAGAAGACAGUCGAACCACUUCGAACUAUUUCAGAACAGUUUGCAGGAAAAUUAUGUUUUGGAAUAUACUUAAGCUACAUUGGCACUGUAGAUGGGUCGACGGACCGUAUAAUGAAGAUAAAUACGCCUAUCAAGCCUAUAAUUAAUGAUGAUGAUAUAAGCAGGUUCAAGGAUUGGUUUUAUUUAUACUUUUUAGGCAACUGUGUUUGCCCUUCUGAAAUGUCUUCCAAUAAGCAAAAUAAUUAUUUAAUGACUAACUAGACUAGACUAGGAAAAUGAUUUUUAAUGACUAACCUUUAUAUACUGUUUUAAUUCU